CGCAGUCAAAUGACCUUCAAUUUCCUCUGUUAUUUGAUCAGGUAUCUUGGGCAAGGCCGCCAUAAUGGCUGAGGCGAAUCGAGGAUGUGGGCUUCACGAAGAAUCGUCUUUGUGGGUAUCCAGGUGGGCGAAACGUCAGUUUCUUGCGUCUGGAUUUUUCAGGAGUAUGUAUUCUUUUCAGGUGUGUGAAGUUCUCGAGUCCAGCUAUCAUCACUGGACAACGGUCCUGGUAGUCCUUAUUGGUUGUUCUGUCCCGGACAAAAGCGGUUUCUCGGUACUAUCCCAGAUCCCCAAGAAGUUCCGGACCUCGGAGAAAAGGGAAGCGUUAGAUGCGCUAGAUUUUUGUCUUAAAACACCACAGAACUUGCAAGCGGAAACACAGUUGGACUGCAUAGGUUAA